AAUCAUGGAAAAAACAUCCAAGGGUGAAGAUUAAAAGAAAAAAAGAGUGUGGUCUUCAGAGCCAGACAGAUGAAGGUUUGGGUCCAACCACACCAUGUGCUGGUGGGAGAGUCACCAUCUGUGAUUCCUGUUCUAAAAUGAGGAAUGAUUCACAACUUGCUAGAACCCGUCCUGGCCACAUGACCCUGGCUCUCUGCUGGUACAGCUGGACAUUCCCUCCACCAGUCAGGAACACUCCUGGGUGCUGAGCAGGCUUCUCUGAGUCUGGUGCCUGUGAUAGGCCUGGGAAACUUCCCUGAUCCAGGCCACCAGCUGGUCACCAUAGACCUAAUUUAACCAUAACUCCUUAAGACCCAUUGCUCAGCCCUUGGGAUGUGAAGUCAGUGGUUCAGAUAGUCAAUCAGAGGCCAGGUUUUAGGGGAUUGAGGGGGUAUGAAACCCACAUCUGGGCUCCUUCUGAUAAGUCCAGGCCUGGACUGAGGACCUUGGCCCAGAGAGACCUUGCUCCAGAAGAGAGCGUGGGACAGGGCUGUGCCCAUACAGCUGGCCUGGCCUCAUGCCUGGGACUUUAGCCCAAGGACAAGGAGAUCCAUAAAGCCAGGCCCAUCUCAGCCUCAUGCCUGCCACAAUGCUGCUGCUCAGUCUGACCCUUACCCUGACCCUGCUCGGCUCCUCAUGGGGCUGUGGCAUUCCUGCCAUCAGACCGGCACUGAGCUUCAACCAGAGAAUUGUCAACGGGGAGAAUGCAGUGCCAGGCUCCUGGCCCUGGCAGGUGUCCCUGCAGGAUAAAAACGGCUUCCACUUCUGCGGUGGUUCCCUCAUCAGCCCGUCCUGGGUGGUCACUGCUGCCCACUGCAAUGUCAGCCCUGGCCGUCAUGUUGUUGUCCUGGGCGAGUACGACCGAUCAUCCAACUCUGAGCCUUUGCAAGUUAUGUCCAUCGCGCGGGCCAUCACACAUCCAUAUUGGAACCCCACCACCUUCAACAAUGACCUGACACUACUGAAGCUUGCCUCCCCAGCCAAGUACACAGCACGCAUCUCACCAGUUUGCCUGGCUUCCCCAAAUGAGGUGUUGCCUACAGGCAUCAAGUGUGUUACCACUGGCUGGGGCCGCCUCAGUGGCACAGGCAAUGUGACCCCAGCACGCCUGCAGCAGGUGGCCUUGCCCCUGGUCACUGUGAGACAGUGCCAGCAGUACUGGGGCUCACGCAUCACCGACUCCAUGAUCUGUGCAGGCGGCUCAGGGGCCUCCUCGUGUCAGGGUGACUCCGGAGGCCCUCUUGUCUGCCAGAAAGGGAACACAUGGGUGCUUACAGGCAUUGUCUCCUGGGGCACCAGCAACUGCAAUGUGCGCGCACCUGCCAUGUAUACUCGGGUGAGCAAGUUCAGCACCUGGAUCAACCAGGUCACAGCCCAAAACUGAGCCUACCCACAGGCCACUUCCCUUUAAUCCAAUAAAGACUCCAAACUCUG